CAGAAUUAAUAUUUCCAUCGACAUGCUUGCGCUCCUCUUUGUAGCCUUGGUCGCCGCCGUAGCCAGCUUGGCCGACGCCAAGGGCCGCCUGGACCCAACGCCGCUCUUCAAGGAAGACCACCCGAACGUCACGUACCUCACGGACCACAAUUACAAUCAACUUAUCCGCGACGCCCCGUUGGAUGGCAAACCGUGGUUGAUCGACUUUUACCAUCCAUACUGUCCCCAUUGCAAGCAGUUUGUGCCCAUCUUCACAGAGAUCGCGGCGCAUUACAAACCGCUCAACAUCAUCAAUGUUGGCGCCAUGAGCUGCAUGGACUGGGAGCAAUGCGCGGUCUACAAAAUCAAGGGUUUCCCCACGCUGGGUCUGUGGAAUUUUGACAACAACAUGAACUUUGAAAACAAACGCGCCGUCGGCGAGCACACGAGGGACGAAGUGUUUGGUCUCGUGGCGCAACUGUUCCGCGAACAAGUGUUCAAUGCCACCGGGUCCUGGCCCGUCGAAGCCACAACGUCGUCGCCACCUGGCACGACCACCCUCCGUCCGUUGUGGGAAGAGUCGACACUCCCAUCCAAUGCGACCACCCGCGUGCUAGAUGCGGCGUCGGCGUUUGUCUUUGGCAUGCGCGAGAGCGUGUUCACGGGGCGCUCGACGCUGGAAGACAUCGAGUUGGACGCGCUCAAGGAGUGGCUUCGCGUUGUGUCGCUCACGUUUCCAGGCGAGGCAUACCGUCACCUGCUGGCCAACCUGUACAAGCAAGUCGCGCCCGUAGCCGUGCUCACCCAGGCCAAGUGGCGAGUGAUUUUUCACGGCUGGCAAAACCACACUGCGAUGAUGCACAAAGAAUACACCAAGUCGAUUUACGACCCCGAAGAAUGGGAGCUCUUGCCGACGUUGUUUGAAGGAUAUGGGACGGCGUAUUACGCGUGCGAACUGUACACGUGUGGCCAGUGGACAAUGUUCCACCUUAUGACAAUGAUGGUUGGGCCGGGCGCAAGCGACGAGCUUGCGAUGGCCGUCGUGACUGCCAUUCGUCGGUUCGUCAAGAACUUUCUCACUUGUUUACCGUGUCGCAAGCAUUUUCUCGCGUACAACACGCUGGAACUGGUCGAGAAGCUCGACAACGAGGUGAAUAAACCCAAGGCGCUGUACAUGUGGCUAUGGACGAUGCACAAUGCUGUGAACAAACGCAUUCGACAUUUUCAAUGGCCCAAGCCAGACAAGUGUCCAACGUGCGGCGUCGAAGAUAAGUGGCGCAUGGAGCAAGUAGAGCACUGGAUGAAGAAAACGUAUGGCUUUGAAUCGUUCAAACAACCCAAACCCGUGGUGACCACUACUACUACUCGACCCCCGACCACUACCACCACUACGUUGCCCCCCAUCCAAGUCAUGCAGACAGACGCGGACGACGCAAGUACUUCGACGGCCCCCGUGAUUGGCCUCCACCACAAGGCGGAAGGGCAGCUCUUCACCCCCGAUCUAUCGUUUUUCGCCUUGUACUUGGUCCCCGUGGCAGUGUUCAUCGUGUUCGUUGGUCUGCGCCGCAUGCGCAGUGCGCCUCGGCAAGGCAACCACCUCCGAGACGUCUAACUUGGAUGGGCGUUGUAUAAGUUUAACAUGGAGUUGCCAGGAUCAAUACAGAAUACUAUUAAUAGUACUAUUCAUGGUGAAUAGUAGGCUCAUUGGG